AUGAACAAACCAAAUGAUCAUAAGCAAGACGGAUAUAUUGUUGAUCGAAAUAGUAUUAAGGCUAUCAUUAUAGACAUGUUUAUUGGAGGAUAUGACAGUACAACAACUUCAAUUGUAUGGGCAAUCGCAGAACUGUUCAUGCAGCCAAAUGCGAAGAACCGUCUUCAACAACAACUCCAAAAUGUGGUUGGAACAAAAAGAAUGGUGGAGGAGACGGAUUUAUCAAAAUUGAGUUAUCUUGAUAUGGUGCUAAAUGAAAGCUUUAGACUCCAUCCAUCUGCGCCCAUGUUAUCUCCACGCGAAGCAAUGGAAGACAUCAAGAUCAACAAGUACUACAUACCCAAGAAAUCGCGGAUCGUACUGAAUAUUUGGGCAAUUGGAAGAGAUGUAAGUGUAUGGUCGAAUAAUGCGGAGUUCUUGCCAGAAAGGUUCAUGGAUGACAAUGUGGAUGCCAGAGGACGUGAUUUUCGGCUUCUCGCAGUUGGUUCAGGACGAAGAGGCUGCCCUGCAAUAAAUCUAGGGUUAACCAUCACCAGACUGACUUGUUGUGGGACAACUUGUGCAUUGCUUCGAGUAGGAGCGACCAAAAGGGAUGUCACCAACUGA